AUGGCGAAGGCGAAUCGGGGAGGAGGCAGCGGCCCUGCUCGUCGCCGGAGCUCGUCUGCUGGCCAUGGAGGAGCCAAAGAAGGUUCCUCUAUGACGCCGGAGGAGGCGUAUCUUUCUGACGGUUCUGACGACUUCCUGCCGCUAGAUGGAAUGGGCAAGAACGACAACUCGAGUGAAGAUGAAAGCGCCGUGAUGCGUCAGAUGGGGCUUGAGGGGGCUGAGCACGCUGCAAGUGAAGAAGAGGAGGAAGAGGAAGAUGACGACGCACAAAUUAGUUCAGAGGAGUCCGCGUCAGGUGACGAGGAGCCUGGCGAUGCAUCCUCAGAUAGCGCGGAGGAGAGCCGGACUGCAUGGGGCCGCCGGGCGAAAGACUUUUACGGGGAAGGCAGUAGCGAUGAAAGUAGUGAAGAUGAAGAGGAAAUGCAGGAGCGGAUGGCGGAGGCGGUGCGCGUAGCAGAGGUGGAGGAUGUUGAGGGAAUGACGGAAGCCGAUUUCAGCGCCGACGCCCGGUCCAUAGAGGCCCUGAAGCAGUUGCUCGCCCUGCAGCAAAAGACGCUGGGCUCGAAGGACCAACAACAGCUGGAGCCAGUGGAAGGCAAGGAAGGAACAGAGCAGGACUUGCUUUGGAAAGCCAGACUCGACGCAGAGGUGGACGCGAUAAUGGGAGGCUUUUCUACUUCAGCGGAGCAGCAGCAGCAGAAACCGCAGGGCGUUGCUGCAGGACUGGGUGAAGAGGAUUUGAAGCAAAUUGUCGCAACUGCACAUCCCGAGCUGCACGGGUUGGUGAAGGAGCUCCAAGAUGCUCUUAAGGAAAUAAACAGCAAAGUGGAACCUCUCGUUGCUCUUGCAAAAAGCAGAAAGUUCCUCACAAAAGAUGGCGUUUCACUGUUGGAUGCAAAGAACCAGCUGCUGCUCUCGUACUUAAGCUAUUUGAGUUAUUACAUUGUGCUGAAGGCUCACGGGGUGCCUGUGGCGAGCCACCCAGUAAUAGAGAGACUCAUAGAGUCCCGACUUUUGCUGCAGAAGCUGCGGCCUAUAGAGGCUGCCCUGAAACCGCAGCUGGAGAGGCUCCUCAACGACGGUGGCGACAAGGAUGAAGAGCAGCAGGGGGAGCUUGUUUCUGGCGAGGAGGAGACUACAGAGGGCGGCGAGUCCGGGGCUGAGGAAGAUGCAACAGGGAGCCAAACUCACAGACCGCCGAAAAUGGUCUUCAUGGAAUACACAGGCGACAAAGUCCCUGCGCAGACACGAGCCUCUCGCGAGCUGCAGCGGGCGGCGGAAAGGCUGAAGAAGAGCGAAAUGGUUCGCGCAGUGAGGGAAAUGACGAGCGAUGCGCCAGAAGAAAUCGGAAUUGAAAGGUUUAUAGCUGCUCAGGCGCACCGGGCAGCAGCCCGGGAAGCUGGGUUCUUGCAUGAUGACAAGGGGGAGGAGGACGAAGAACAGUUUGAACUUAUGCGUCGCUCACUCUCCAAAAAAGAGAGAAAAGGUAUUUCUGGAACGCGUAUGCACACAUGGGGGGCGAUAGCUUCAACAGAGGAGUGGCUGCGGGCCUUCGAUAUUUGGAUCGCUCAAGCCGCACAGCGCGCGCUGUUUGAGAGACGAGCUGCAGCUGCAGUGGGUUCCACUUUGGAGGAUUUGGCAGUGUUUUAUGACCAGCCGUUGGGAGGCGGCGAGGAGGGCGGCGAAGACGAGCUGGGUUUGGGCUCAAACGCCAGAAAAAAGAAGGCAAAAGGCGUUCUCGGACAGUACCUGAAUGCUGCCAAACAAGCAGCAGAAGAAGCAGCGAAAACGCGCAGAGCACAGGCAGAAAAGCUCAUUAUUGCCCGACAGCAGAACCUGCAGCAUUUGAGCGGACGGAGUGACAAAGACAUCCGCAAGCAGCACACAAGAACAGCUGACAGAGAGGAGAGCGACGAUGAAGAAUUUGCAGCGCUUGCAGGAGAAACGAAGAAAAAGAAGUUGGAAAAGAAGCAGCGGAUGAAGGAAAGGGCUGAAAUGUUCUUGCCUGAGGUGGAGGAAGAAGUCGACGGGCAGCGGCGCAUUACGCGAGAGAUACAAACCAACAGAGGUUUAGUGCGAAAGCGGAAGAAGUUCGAUGGUAAUGCUCGCGUCCACAACAGAAUGAAAUACCAACAGAAGGCGAAAAAACUCAAGUCGAUUCGUCAGGAAAUGCGCCCCGUGGAGGACCGCAGUUACUCGGGAGAGGCAUCUGGCUUACGCCCGAAUCUGAAACGGUCGAGGACGUUGCAUUAG